UUUCUCUGUAACACGGGAAGAUACAGAUGAUCCCUUGCGUGUGAGACAACACCCGAGAGAUGAGAUCGAAGAACAAGGGAUCUUCCGAAAUAAUAUCUAUAAUGUAGAUUUCUGUUUUAAAAGAAAAUGCAUUUGGCAGAUAAUUGUAUCGCAGAAAGACGCAUAAGAUUCUAUAGCAGAAUACGUUAAAUUAAGAUUAAUGAAAAAGAGGGAAGGAAUGAUGCAUUUGCAAUUUACUCGUUUUAUGUAUAGGUGUGACAGCGUACAUUAACGCAGUGCAAACGUGCUAAAAUACACAGUUCUGGGUUUAGAUUUUUACAGACAACAAGAUGAGCAGCGGCAGUAAGCGAGAGAGAGAACAGAGGAAAAAACUGCAGCACUUUCUGACAGACCUGGCCUUAUUGGGAUCACUGCAGGGUUUCCGGUACUUUCAACCUUGGCUGAGGGGGAGAGAGGAGCUACUCCUGACAGUAGUCAAUGAAGACCUGGGUUGGCGUUCCCCUGGGUUCAUGGUGUCGGCAGCGUCCUCCUUCAUUAGCAGUUCCUCAUCCAGCAGCACCAGUAGCACUUACAGCCUGGCUAGUGACGCCAGCUCCCCCCUGCCCGGGGACCACCAGGUGCCUCAUCAAGGCCCUCAGGGGCCACAAAGCAUGCCAAGGAAGCAGCAGCACUCAUCACAGGGGCCCAACCACCAUGCCCACAAAGGCAGCAGUGAGGCCCAUCUCCUACCAGCCUCCCCCAGUGAGAGGGAGAUAGCAGUGCCUGAAGUGAAUUGCACUCUUUUCCUAUUGGCUGGCUACGCCAAGUAUGGUCGCCCGUACGCCUGGAUAAGGUCCAAUCACGAGCGCCUGGUCAACAUUGGAGGCACUGAUUCGAUGGUCAAGGACACGCCCAUGAAACUCAAGGCCAUCACGGACUGGGGAUCACAAGGAAUACGGGUAUGGGAUGUAGUGAGUGAGCUGGUGUGUCUGUGCACCGUUCCAUCUCCCUCCAACCCCUUUGCCCUGGACAUGCGCUACCUGAAAAGCCUUCCUCUCCCAGAGCGCUUCCUGGUCUCUGGGGCUCUGCUUAACUUUCUGGAAACCUACGCUGUCUAUGGCAACCGGGAUGAGCUGCACUACAACAAAGUCGUAGAAGAGGUGAAGUCUCUGAGGCGUCUCCAUGUCCAGACUCUGUCUGAGGUCCAAAGAAGACCAGGCAGAAGCACCAGGCCAGCCACUCCCGUUUCAGGAGAGUCCUCAGAGGAAGAGUGACAAGGGUCAUAUUCUUUAGUGCACAGCACACCGUAGCAAAACGCUUUGCAACGAAAAAAAAUAGUUUCUUAUAGGGCAAGUCCAGGGGUGCUUUCGGUUCAAUAUAACAUUUGCUAUGGUGCUUAACGGGUUGUACUGAACGACACGUUUCCCCAAAACGUUCAACGUUCUUAAACAAAACUUUGAGGUACGUUUGCUCCGAUUGGUAAUGUAUUUUAAGGGCAGCGGUGCAUUUUGAACCCACAAGCCAACCCCUCCCCAUUAUUCAACUGGUCGUUUCUGAACAGCACCGUUUCCUUUUAAUUGAACGCUACACAAUUUUUUUCCCAACUGAAUGCCGCCCAGAUAGUCCCCCGUUUCAGGAUGUUUUCCUCCUUUUGGUGCCCCUGAACACAACCCUGAUGUGGUGGUCAGAGUAGACAUUGUAGGAUGGAAGGAGAUUGAGGGGGUACUAGUAUAUCCCUAAGUCUGUGCAUUUUUAAUAUAGGUAAACAUAUAGCCAUAUUGAAUGAUUAUUUCCCCAAAAGAGGUGUGAUCAAUGUGCCAAUAACACAAUACAAAGGGAACUAUUAUUUGUCCCCCCUAAAAAAUGCUCUCGUUCAAAUAUGCUAGGCCCAUAAAUAGGGCACAUUUGAAUGUAUGGUACUCCAUUUCAAUGUGUUAAUUUACUGUAAUUUCACCUCUGUCCGAGUGAUGUAGAGGUAAAUGCCAGUUUAAGCAAUUAUGAAAUGGGUCAGAAUAAAGUUGUCUCCUAAGAAAUAAGCCUCAUGACUUUCAGCUUAUCCCAUGACCCAUGAUGAACUUCUGCUCUCCAGCUCCAUGAUGGAAUGUGUUCUUUCGAAUUCCGAGAUAUAACGCCCCUUUAAAAAAAGAACAAAAAUGGCAAAUAGCCUUUUUAAAUAGAUACGCCUCAGAUUGUUUUGUCUCAUUCAUCAAACGCUUGGCACCAGGACUAAAGAUACAGUACACACUGUAGUGUGGUACAGGAGUCUUGUUUUGGCCUGAGGUUGGCUAUUUUAAAUGUUCCUCGUCUUCAGUUGAGGUAGAAAAAUACAUUUUCAAAUAUACAAGCACAUACUGUAUCAUUGUAUAAAAGUUUAUUAUUCCAUAGAAUAUAUAUUUAAAUAUGUGCACAAAGAUGUUUCAAACAAGUGCAACAUAAAACCAGACCUUAAAGCAUGCACUUACUCUCCAAAGAUGAGGUUGUGCCAUUUGCGGUUUGAGAUAUAUCAGAAUACAGUCAUUUAAAAUAAAUGGUUAAACAAACAUCCAUUGACAUAACCUGUCAGGUCAAAUAACAUUUUAAAACACUAACACUAUGAAACAUGCAAAGUCAUGAGGUUACAGUAGGUUAGGCCAGACAGAGAGGAGAGGUUGGGGGCGGGGUCAAGGACGAUUUGUGAACUCUAAUGUCCCCAUCGGAAUGCAGGAGCACGACAGAAGUUCCGAACAGUUCAAACCAACGUUCCUGCCCCACAGAGGAACAGAGGUAGCCUAGCGGUUAGAGCGUUGGGCCAGUAAGUGAAAGGUCGCUGGUUUGAAUACCUGAGCCGACAAGGUGAAAAAUCUGUCGAUGUGCCCUUGAACUAGGCACUUUUUUUUGCUCCAGGGCCGCUGAACUACAAUAUCUGACCCGGGGAACACAUUUCACUGCACCUAUCCGGUAUAUGUGACAAAAACAUUACUACUACUUUGCACACACAGGAAGUGGGGAAUGAGGAGGGUCACAGAUGAGUGAUUUUUCCAAAUAAAAUGCUAAUAAUAUACAUCUAACUGGUUCAUCAUUAUUUUAAAAAAAAACUGUUCUAGCAAACACUAACACCUGUAAGGGAGGAUUUAGUGUGAAUAAGUAGGUUGAUAUCGCACCUAUAGUAUACAUAGCCGUGAGGCUCAUUCAAAUUCAGAAGAUUUGUGAAGACAGUUAGCAUAGUUUUGGACUAAGAUGCACUGUCAAUGACCGGCCACAUCAUCAUGAUGGUGACACUUUGCUUCUUGAAAGUCCAAUUUCUUGAAAACUUGACUGCUGACAUGGAAAAUAUUUCAGGACUGUACCAAGUGGACUAUUGAAAAAAAAUGUACUUGUUUUUGAUUGGAUUUUCUCUUUAACAGUUCCAUUUGAAUUCCACAACCCAGCCAGGCAAUUUAUAAACGUCAUCUCUCCUGUAAAAUAGUGUUAAGACAUUAUUUCCCCACACUACUAGGCUAGUAUUUGGUUUGCAACAGUUGGGGUUUGUCUAAACCUUGCUGCUUGCCUCCGACCUGUGCAACGAUGUUGCAGGUUAUAUUUGCGAUCUCCACCGUGCCAUCAGAGAGAAUGAACGUGACAAGACUGACAGCUUCUCAGUCAGGAAAAUUUAUUUAUACAGGGUAAUAACAAUGGAUAUGUCAAAAGAAAUGGCAAUAGAAACAAAGGUAAAACAAACUAAAAUGCACAGUUUGCCAUCAUUUCAGCUGCUUGAUGUGAUAGUGUCAGCUUUAGUUAGCUAACUACCAAAGGAAAAGUAGCUAGCCUGCAUGGCAACCUUUUUUGGAUGACCAGCUCAUUUGGCUAGCUACUGCAUUAUUUCAGAACUAACAACUGGAUUUUGCUCAGACUAGAUUGUCUGGUGGAAGGAUGAAAUAAAACAAAUUUACUCAUUAAAAUAACAUUGAAUGAAAAUACAUCUUUAAAAAAAAUAAUUGGUAACCGUUUUAUAAAAGCAAUCAGGUCCCAGAAAUUAUCGUGAAUAACAUCCUCCUAAGGGCUGUUUCCCUGAUCCUCCAUGUUGGGCCUUAGUCGUGAGUUAUUAACACGAUAAACCCUGGGUUGUCAUGUCUUAAUUACAGUUCUGCCUAUGAACACAGCCUACUGUGUACCUAUGACCACCCAGCAGAUGUUCUUCUAUGGUCGGCUCAAAUGAACCCUUUAUGCCCCAUGAAUCCUCACACACACUUUGUAACAUCUCUCCCAAGACCAACACGGAGCUCACAUUUCAGGGUCAGCUCAAACAAAGUCCCUCCCCCGUUUAAAAAAAAACCAAGUGUACAGGCUGAUGAUCCAUAAGCUAACAACAAAAACCUAAUUGAAAUAAAU